AAUAAGAAACCCAUUCGAAAAAAUUAUCAGAUUGUAUAUUUUUCCUUGUCAUUUAUGCCAUACAUAUGAAUUUGCUGACUGCACAUUCUUGCUGGAGGUCGAUCCCUUCCGCUUUCCCUCGCAUCGCUGAUUCUCCCCCUCGUCCAUCUUCAUGUUAUUCACUAGGGUUCAUCCCCAAUUUGCUGUGCAGUAGGAAUAGUGGAUUUGAUGUUAGAGCUUUACCCAAGAAAUUGAGAAGAAAAGGCCUAAAACGAAAUGAGGAUUACACGAAAGACGGAAAUAGUUCAAUCUCUUAUGGUGGGGCGGAGGUAGAGGAAUUUCAGAAAGCCCCGUCUAGGAGAUCUGUGCUUCGGGCAUGCACUGUUACGUCUGGUUAUAUAGGCAUUUUGGGUCUUUUGAUUCGUCAGGCCUCUCAUUUUGCAUCAAUUGGAGGAUUGCCAAUUGCAGACUGUGCUGCUGAAAUAUCUUGGGGUUUGCAGUUGUGGCAUCUUGAGCUUAUUUUUGGGAUGGUUAUAUUGGUAUCAUCAUGCCGAUAUUUACUGCUAAAAACAUGGCCAGAUUUUGCUGAAUCCAGUGAAGCAGCAAAUAGACAGGUUCUCACUUCGCUUGAACCCUAUGAUUACAUUGUUGUGUCAUUUCUUCCCGGAAUUAGUGAGGAAUAUCUUUUUCGCUGUGCACUGUUACCACUUUUUGGUGUCAAUUUGCCAAGUGCUUUGGCUGUUGCUGUUGUCUUUGGAAUAUUACACCUGGGCAGUGGCCGAAAUUAUUCGUUUUCAACCUGGGCAACAUUUGUGGGGCUUGUCUAUGGGUAUGCUACAAUCGCAACAUCAAGUAUCGUUGUUCCAAUGGCUGCUCAUGCGCUGAAUAACUUGGUCGGAAGCAUCAUAUGGAAGGCCACAUCAAGUCAUUCAAGGUAGACAGGUGGGGUGAUUGCUCGGGUCGGAGUUUUGGAACUGGAUGGCUUCAAAACAUAAAAACAGACAUAAAUUUACCUAUGAGUUUCUUUUCAAGUGGUUGGUGAUGAUCGGCUGAGUUUUCUGGUGGCACCGGACUGCCGUGGUCAAGAAGCUCAGAUCUCACCUUUAUCAGCAGUUCUCCAAGCUCGUUUUGGCAUUUUCCAUUGCGGCCUGGUCCCCAAAAACGAUCGUGGGGUGAAGCUUCUACAAGAUCAGAUACUUCUGUUGCAACCAGCAAAGACUUUAACUGAUGGUUUGUAGUAAAUUUGCAUUUUAGGGGCUCAUACAUGACAUCAAUGUUGAUGGACCUCCAAUUUGGUCUUGUAUCCUUACAUACUAUAUAAAGCUAAAAGAGAAAAUGCAAUGACAGUGAUGAAUACUCAACCUUAGAAUUCACUUCAUUGCUCUUCUUUGAAAAUUUUGGGCAAAUUUCAAGUAACCAACCCAACCAUUUAUGUGCAUUAAUCUCCGAUGGAGCCAAAGAUUCACUAUUUGAUUUUGGGGUAUGAUGGAAAAAAGUAAAAUGGCUCAUUAAACUAUUUGCGCUUCUUUUAAAAGUGAAGUAGCACUUAGUCAAUGCAACUUUCAAUGCUCAUCAUGGUCAUCUGGAAACAACCGUUCUAUGUUUUAAACAUAGAGCUCAUGUUGCGUUGAUAUGCCCCCCACCACCUUGCAUUGGGCGGCGGGAGCCUUUGAGAGACUAGAGUAAUGUUGUUGUUGUUGUUGUUGGUUUGUGGUUUUUGAACUCAUGACUUCAAGUAGCUAACUCAACCAAAAGUUCAAAUUUGUGAUGGUAGGUCCAAGAAAUGUUGUAGAAUCUCACAGAAAAUAGCAACGUACGAGGUCAUACCAGAUCGGGACGUCGAGUCUGUAACCUCGGGGGUCUUUAUAUCUUCAAUACACUUUCAAGCCAAAGGACCAGCCACACCCCUGUACAUUUCUGUGCCUGCAAAAAUGAAAGAAACCUCUGAGAAACCAGCAUAAAAGAGAGGUCAAUUGGAAGUAAGUCUGAGCUUUGAACCAAGUGUGCCUGGUAAUUAUGCUCUAGAGCUGGCCAGGUAAAUAUAUUUCCAGUUUUACCAUUGAAGUGAAUAACAAUUCUUUACCACACUUGCAGAAACUUUUCUCUGUACUUCAAAAACACAAUUUGAUGUGUGACAUAAGUAUGAUGUGUAUGUGUAGCAAUUCUCUAGUAUAAAAAGGCAUACAACAU